CUCAGCUGAGUCCGAGUUCAGCUGGGUCCGAGUUCAGCUGGGUCCCAGUUUUCUGAGUCCGAGAGCCGGGUCCGAGUUCAGCCCGGGUCCGAGUUCAGAUGCGUCCGAGUUAAAUUGGGGUCCAAGUUCAGCUUGGUCCGAGGUCGUGUGGGUCCGAGUUGAACUGGUGUCCUUGCCCCCCUCCCAGGCUCGGACGCGCGCCGCGGUGGCGGCGCCCACUGUGGGGCCCGCGGUGCCAGCUGGCAGCCCGCGGACGUCCUCCGAGCUGCUGCGACACUUCCACUCGAUGAAGAGGCACCCGGCCGUGCUCGCCAGGUACGUCCGCGAGAGGGUGCCCGCGCCGCUGCUCCGGAGCCUCUUCGGAAGGUCGCCGAUGGAGCCGGACGACCUGUCUCUCCUGAUCACCGCGCUGCAGACGAGCGUGCAGGACGGCGCGAUGGGGCCAGAGCAGACCGCGGAGUAUUGCCAGCACCUGCUCAGGACGCACACUGUCGACACCCAGCUGGCCAUGCUGAGCUCCUCGGAGAAACAGGCGCUCCGGGAACUCUCCGCGGCCGCGCCGCAGGAGGUCCAGGGCGCUCUCCGGGCGGCCAUCGGUUGACGCCGUCGGCCCGCGCGGCCCAGUUUCGGAACCAUCGCCAGGCUUCUGCAGUCUCACCGGUGUAGGAAGACCCCCAUGGGGCUUGAUUUAUGUCCCUUGCGCUUGCUGUGCGUGCGGAGCCGCACGCUCUGUGCAUGAUCAUGCGCCCUCGGUUGGCAUGACAGACUGGCCGAGCCAGCGAGCUGCACUUCGUCCGCUCCACAACAGGGCAAGUCACCGCCGCCAUCGCUACGAUAGCAUUCGGCACCGGUCCGGCUGGCGCUGGCGUCAGCGAGUCCUGUUUUGAGACAGGAUCGUCAGAGAACACGCGUUGAAGGAGAAAGUGUAUGAGGGCCGUCUUCGUGGCCACCAAGGAUCAACGGGCCAAGGAUCGGUACGAG